ACCCUUUAAUCAACCCUUUAAAAUAUUCAUAUUUCAGCCUCCCUUAAAAUACACACAUUUUUACAUUUUGUAUUUUUCACUUGCUCCUCCAUAUAUAUCUUGUUACAUAUACAUACAACUAUGCAAACAUAUAUAUCAUUCGGAUCCAAAUUCUGAGGUGAUUGCCGAACUUGAUAUUGCCUGAAGUUCUAGACUUUCGGCUCGACAAUAUAUUCCUGGUAAAAAAAAGUGAAACAGAAUCCACUUCCUUCUUGGCAUUUUCUAGUUCCUCCAACAACCAGGGAAUGCUGAGAGAUGUGCGUCGGAGCACAGAGGUCUUUAUAUGAUGUCAAUGGAGUUGAAACUCCAUCCAUGUUGUCCUUCUUCAUCCUUGAUGAGAUUGGACAUCUGAGCUACAGCGCAUUCCACUUCUGUGGUCAAAUACCCGCAGUGGGUACGUAUCUGAGUCGAUAUAUAUCGUUUCAAGACCUUUGUGAGGACGGUUGAGUUUUUGGUGUGUUGUACUUAGUACUUACAUAUAUAAGUAGUCAUAUUAUAGAUAUAUCUGAUUAGUGUGAAAAGUAUUGUAAUUUGUGGUUGAAGUUUGAAAAGUUGUGAUGGAAAAUAAAGGUGUUUUAAUGCAAAAGUAUGAGUUGGGGAGGUUCUUAGGUCAAGGUACGUUUGCCAAAGUCUAUCAUGCGAGGAACCUUGUCACUGGCACGAGCGUAGCCAUCAAGAUGAUUGACAAAGAAAAGGUUUUGAAGGUUGGGAUGAUUGAACAGAUCAAACGGGAGAUUUCUGUCAUGAGAUUAGUUAGGCACCCACAUAUAGUACAGCUUUAUGAGGUUAUGGCCACCAAAAGCAAGAUUUAUUUUGUAAUUGAAUAUGUGAAAGGAGGCGAGCUUUUUAACAAGGUGGCCAAAGGGAGGCUUAAGGAGGAUGUUGCUAGGAAAUAUUUUCAGCAACUGAUGAGUGCGAUUGACUUCUGCCAUAGUAGAGGUGUUUAUCACAGGGACUUAAAACCAGAGAACAUAUUGUUAGAUGAGAACGGGAAUCUUAAAGUAUCAGACUUUGGGUUGAGCGCUCUUGCUGAAUCAAAGCGUCAAGAUGGAUUGCUUCACACAACAUGUGGGACACCUGCAUAUGUGGCUCCAGAAGUAAUUGGCAGAAAAGGGUAUGAUGGAGGUAAAGCUGACAUCUGGUCUUGCGGGGUGAUUUUGUAUGUUCUUUUGGCUGGAUUUCUUCCGUUCCAUGAUUCAAAUCUGAUGGAAAUGUAUCGGAAAAUUGGUAAGGCUGAGUUCAAGUAUCCUAACUGGUUCACAACUGAAGCACGCAGAUUGAUAUCGAAAAUGCUCGACCCAAACCCAAGUACCAGGAUAACUAUUGCUAAAAUUAUGGAAAACUCAUGGUUCCGUAAGGGAUAUGAUUCCAAGGCAAGAAGAGGUGAAAUGGAAAUGGCAGAACCAGCAGUUAAUGAUGAUGUUUUUGGCCCUUCUCAUAAUAGCAACAAUGCGGUUGAAACAAAGAACGAAGUAGAGAAACUUGGCAACUUAAAUGCUUUUGAUAUUAUAUCACUUUCACCUGGGUUUGACUUGUCUGGUCUGUUCGAAGAAAAAGAGCAAAAGAAAGAAGUAAGGUUCACAUCUGCACAGCCAGCCAAGACUAUCAUCUCUAAGCUAGAGGACGUGGCUAAAAAGCUGAGGUUAAAAGUGGUGAAGAAAGAUGGAGGAUUGUUGAAGAUGGAAGGUUCAAAGGAAGGCCGAAAAGGUGUCUUGGCCAUUGAUGCAGAGAUAUUUGAGAUUACUUCUACUUUUCAUUUGAUCGAGUUGAAAAAAAGUGGUGGAGAUACCUUGGAAUAUCAGAAGACAAUGAAGCAGCACAUAAGGCCAGCACUGAAAGACAUCGUGUGGAGCUGGCAGGGCGAUCCAGGAGAACCCCAGCAACCACCACCAGAUUUACCGCUUUCUUAAUAGUAGAUUUGCAGGUUAGUUUACCUGAUAAUAUAUCAAACAAUGGGUCUCUAUCAAUUUGCAGUGUUUUAAUUAUUUGUGUUAACUCGUAAAAAUGAUUUUUCUUUUAAUCAACAGUUAUACUGUUUUAAUGGUUGUUCCUGUAGUUCGCUGUUUCAGCAUCUAUUGGAAGAUAUUAUUGUUGCAAAAUUAUGUUCUUUUUUUUA